CUGUGAAGUUCUUCUUCUUCUGCCGGUUCUGCCUUAGACAGUCUAUAUAACCGUUCUUUGAAAAGGGUUUUCCGUUCAGUAGGUGGCGUGUAAUCGGAGAACUCGGACGUCCAGUCGAGGCUGGGAGGAAUCGGAAUCGGAAUCUGUGUGACCAGUAUACCAACUGCUUCACCAUGGAGGCACUGCUCAACAGCCAGUGCGCGGCGCAGAGCCUGGGGCCUGCCAAUCAGCUGUUUGCGAUGCUGAUUCAAACCAUCAUGGCAGCUCAGUGCAGCAUUUCUCCGCCCGACAUGUGGCCAAAGGAUUACGGCCCAACGGCUCUGGCCCAAGGAUUGGAGGAGUACGAUUUCAUCAUAGUCGGAGCCGGAUCGGCGGGGUCUGUCGUGGCGAAUCGACUCUCUGAGAAUCCGGACUGGAAGAUCCUUCUGCUGGAAGCCGGUGGUGAUCCACCGAUAGAAUCUGAGAUUCCUGGCCUAUUUCUACACAUUCAGCAGUCAGCCAGCGAUUGGAAUUAUCACGCGGAACGGUCACCGCGGGCUAGUAAGGCAAUGCCCGGUGGGAGUUUUUGGCCGAGAGGGAAAAUGUUGGGUGGUUGCAGUGCGAUGAACUUUAUGCUGUACGUGCGGGGUAACAGCCGUGACUACGACGACUGGGCUAAGCAGGGCUGUGAGGGAUGGAGCUGGGAAGAGGUCUUGCCGUACUUUAAGAAAUCUGAAAAUAACGUCGACUUCAAAGAUUCGCCUUUUCACUCAUCAAAAGGAUUGUUGGGGGUUGAGCGAAUGGGAGAUUUUGACAGCCCAUUUGUGAACAUGAUUAUCAGUGCUGCACAGGAACUUGGUUACCCUAAGCUGGAUGAUGUAAAUGGUGAAAAUUAUCUGGGAAUAGUAGAACUGCAAGGGACAAUAAGAAACGGUGCACGACAAAGUGUUGGCAAAGCUUUUUCGAGUCAUCGUCCCAAUUUACACGUUGUUAAAAAUACGCUAGUAACAAAAAUAGUGCUUGAAGCAGCAUCAGCAAAAGGAGUUGAACUACGGUUACAAAAUGGAGCUUCCCUCGUUGCGAGAGCCAAAAAGGAAGUAGUGAUAUCCGCGGGAUCGGUCAACACACCACAACUGUUGAUGCUGUCUGGAAUUGGCCCAAGAAAUCACCUUGAUCGGUUCGGAAUUCCAACUGUAGCAGAUUUACCAGUGGGUCAAAAUUUACAAGAUCACGUAAUUGUAGCUUAUUUUCUAAAGCUGAAACCACAGAUACAAGGGGAAUCCGAUGUUGUUGAUCAAUACAAACAGUAUUUACAGACUCGGUCUGGAUUUCUUUCUCGUAAUGGAGGUACUCACUUGACACUCUUUUUGAACACUGAACAGGAGGAUAGCAAAUUUCCAAACUUACAAUUUCAUUACCUCUUCUUUCGUAAAAAUGAUAACAAUCGCGUUCUUCAGUUUUUAAAGCUGAUGUCCUACGAGAAUAAAAUAAAUCAAACAAUUUAUGAAGCCAGCACCAGGAACGAUAUCGUAAUAGUUUGGAUUACCUUGCUUAAGCCACAGUCUGUUGGCCAAAUUCAGUUGAAAAGUGCUAGUCCUCACGACAAGGUACGCAUCGAUGCCGGUUACCUCACCGAUGCAGAUGAUGCGCGACAGCUGGUUGAUGGAUUACGGCGACAACGUGAUUUUUUGCAAACUAAAACGUUCAAGAAACACGAAGCUGUUCCGAUACGGUUCGACAUUCCAGAGUGUAACAGUAACUAUCGCCUGGAUUCGGAUGAAUAUCUCAAGUGUUACAUCAGUUAUUUUUCGACCACGAUAUAUCACCCUGUUGGCACUGCAAAAAUGGGACCGAUUGGUGAUAAGCAGUCUGUUGUUGAUCCUCAAUUAAAAGUUCGCGGAGUUGAUAGCCUACGAGUGAUUGAUGCAAGUAUAAUGCCAACCAUAGUGAGCGGAAAUACCAAUGCACCUACCAUCAUGAUCGGCGAAAAGGGAGCUGAUCUCAUCAAAUCCGAUUGGCAUAUGAUCGAUCAACUGAAUGUUGAGCUUUAAAUUUUGUCACUAAUGCCAUUACAAACCAUGUGUGUGUGUGUGUUCGCGUAUUGUUUUGCUACUAAAAACUUGCAAAUAAUAUUAUAAGUGCAAUCCUCAAUGAAUGUGUUUUCUAGCUGGUACCAUUAUUUUUCCAUCUGCAAAACUCAACCUGUGACUGGGCGUACAAAGUGGAGAAAUCAAAACGAGCAUGUAAAAGUAUGA